ACUUUUCCCUCAGUGUUAUCAGCUCGUAAACAAUUUUUCUCCCAACAUUAUGUAUGUAUUUGCUCGCUAAUGAUAACGAAAGCACCCGCAAAGUUGAUCUACAAAAUUUCGUCAGUUGCUUCUCAUCUCCAACGAAGGAAAGAUGCUCCGUAGCAAACUUCUAACUGCCCAUUUUGAGACUCUCCGACGAAUCUCAAAGCGCCUGAUCAAUGAUGCGCAGUUCAAGCCUCCUCUUGGACGUCUGAGUGUCUGUGAAAGUGAUCAAGUUGUGUCGCUGGACUAUGGGAAUCGCCUCAUGCACUUCCCCCUUGUCUGGCUCAGGGAUAAUUGUCAAUGUUCCCAAUGCUUUGAUCCACCCACGUAUAGUCGCAUCAUAAAUUGGUAUAACUUCGAUGUUCAUCCCAAAUUACAAUCGAUUGUUUGGAAUGAUCAUGUGAGGAAGAUUUUUAUUAAAUGGGAAGACAAUCAUGAAUCAGUAUUUGAUCUGAAAUGGCUGGAGGAACGUGAUUUUUCGCCAAAGAAUCAAGAACAGCAUUUGACCAGGAAUUAUCGCCCAGUGAGGAAGCCGUGGAGUAAGGAAAAUUUCUUCAGUAUCUUCCAUUCGUUCGAUUACAACGAUGUAGUCAGUACAAAUGAAGGAUUGAAGAAUUGGCUUGAAUCUCUGUCUGUAUAUGGAGUUGCGAAGAUCACAAAUGCCCCAAAGGAUGAAGGAGUUUGUCGUAGAGUUGCCAAUCGUGUUGGUUUCAUAAAGAAGACUCAUUUUGGGGAAGAGUUCAUCGUCAAACAUAAACCGGGAACAACCAAUAGAGCGUACUUAUCAUCGGAACUUCAGCUUCAUACUGAUCUUCCAUACUAUGAGCAUAAACCAGGAGUUAAUCUUCUUCACUGCUUGGAACAGUCAAAGUCUCAAGGAGGAAAAAAUCUCUUAAUUGAUGCAGUUUACAUCUCAAACAUGAUGAAAGAAAUGUAUCCACAGCAUUACAAAUUGCUUAAGACUGUUCCAGUAGAUUGGACUGAAUUUGGAAGAGAGGAUGAGGAAACCUUCCAUAGCAUUUACAGGGCUCCAGUCUUUGUUGUUGAUGAUAAAGACGAAUUAAUUCGGGUAAACCACAGCACACCUCAGCGUGGAAGUCACUUCACUGUUCCUCUUGGUCUCGUAAAGCCAUGGUAUGAGGCAUUUGAUGUCUUUGUGAAACUAAUGAAAGCACAAGCAGUGGAAUUUAAGACUCAAUCCGGAGAUAUUCUCACCUUUGACAAUGUUCGAUUGGUCCAUGGAAGGAAUGCCUACGAUGACACAGAAUCCAAUGUACGAUACAUCGUUGGGGCUUACCUGGAUUGGGACCUUAUCUUCUCUCGUCUGAGGGUACUCAAACUCCACUCAGUGAAACAGUAGGGUGAUUUUCAUGUGUAAUUUCUAAAAUUUAUUGAACAUUUUUUGUACAGUAAAUUGAAUAAAAUUAAAGGAAAAAUACUCUCAAGGAGAA